AUGAGUUCGACACCACCAACCCCGCCUUCCAGCUCAACAGCAUCGACUACUCCGGCUGCUGCAUCAACAUCUUCUUCCACAACCGCAGCGUCCACAUCAACAGCGACCGUCAACAAUGCAGCCACAAAAGCCAAGCCUAUCCCUCGCGAGAUCCCUCCCGUCCUCCGUCCUCUGGAAUACAUGGGCAUUCCCAAAUCCGUCUUGGCCUGGAAACCACGCCUUCCAUCUCGCAACUUGUCCAUCUUCCUCGUCACCGUCGGAACCCUCUCUUACCUCUACUACGACGAUCGUCGUCAAUGCCGUCUCAUCCGUCAAGACUAUAUUGACAAAGUCAAGCAUCUCUCCAACGAGCCCAUGAAGCCCGGUGAAUGGCCACGCAAGAUCACCGUCUAUGCUACACGUUCCCCUGGUGAUGACGACUACGACAAGGCGCUGCGGUACUUCAAGAAGUAUGUCAAGCCUGUCCUUGUCGCAGCUGGUGUCGAUUGGGAGGUCACCAACGGCACUCGUCACGGUGGACUCGCGAGGGAGCUGCAGAGUAAGAUCCACGAGAGAAGGAGCAAGUUGUUGGGUCUGCAACCUUGGAUGGAUGAAGCUACGGCCAUGUCGCAGACUCAGUUUUCCUUGACACCGCAGCAGGAGUUGCAGAGGGAGAUCGAUGGCGGCUUGGUGUUGGUCGGUAGACCAGCGUAUAAGGAGUGGGCUUGGGCGUUGAAGCAUGGUUGGUGUACUCCGUUGGAGGUGUUGAAGCGUGAUAGGGAUCACGAGCUUGCCCAGGUCCUUGCUGAGGAUCAUGUGUUUGAUGAGUUACCUGCCGAGUCAACCUCCACCACCUCCACCACCACCACCACCACCUCCUCCUCCUCCUCCUCCUCCUCCUCCUCCUCCUCCUCCUCCUCCUCCUCCUCCUCCUCUUCUUCCAGCUCUUCUUCCACCGCAGCUGCUGCUUCAACACCGAGCGAAUUUCUGGACGAGAAAGAACGGGCAAUCGCAGCACUUGCCGAAUCAGGCGGUGAAAAAGAUGGAGCAGGUGCCCCCCUCCCCUCUCGCUACGGCCCCGGUGCAAAAUUCGCCUCUUCCCCCUACCCCAACCUCGGUUCCGACGCUAAGGCAUUCAACUCCAUGCUCGGUCCCUCGCCUUCCUCCGCCGCCCAAGCCGAGAAAACCCGUUUACGCACAGAAGCCGAAGAGGCCGCCUCCCGUCUCGAUCCCAACCUCCUCCAACCUCCUUCCCAGAUCCCCGCGCAACCUCCCAUCUGCUUUGUCGACUUCACCAACCUCGUCGGCUGGCGCAACAUCCCUCUCCGAAUGUACCAGUUCUUCCGUCAAAGAGACAAAGUCCGCCACGGUGCCGAACUAGGCCUAACGAUUGUCUAUGGCACUAAAGAAACCGCUCGAGACUUCCAACCCGGCCCUCCCGGCACUUUCUCCAACGAAAUCCCCACCACGCCACCCCAAGGCGGCGAUCUCGAUUGGGGCCUUCAAGGCGAGGAGCGGUAUCCACCCUACUUUCGUAAAUGCGACCAAAACAUCGCCGAUUCUCGCGCUGCUUACUACAAAGCCCUUCCGAAACAUCUCAAAGAUGCCCGGGAUCUAGCAAGGGGUUUCAGAGAACCGAGCAAGUUGGAGAAGAACGAUCCGAGCAAGACCGAAGCAGAGUUGAGAGAGCAGAGGUUCAACAAGGAGAAGGAAUGGAGGAAUGCAGAGAUGGGCUUUGAGAUCAUUAGGCCCGAGAAAGGGGUCGAGUGGGAUGAAAGGUUUAGAGGUAGUCUCAGGGUGUUUGAGUUGAGUAGCGAGCUGAGGGAACAGAUUGAUCGUCAGCAAAGCUUGAGGAUGGAAAGAGCCAAGGAGGAGGAGAAGAGGAGGGUGGAGGAGGAGGAGAAGAGGAGGGUGGAGGAGGAGAAGGGCUUGAUGCAGGAACAGAUCAAGAGACAGAACGAGUUGGAGAGUCAGCCACUGGAGGCGCUCGAAGGAUGA